AUGGACGCUCCCACCGCUCCCGGCCGACCGGGCAAUCUGACGGCCGAGCAGGAGGCAAAGUUAAAAGAAAUGUGGGCGCAAUUGCUCGACAUCUUCGGCGUUCUACCCGAGACCGUGCGAAGGGCUCGAGCGAAUACCUUGUCGUCAAUAAACGAGGGCGAGGAGAAGAAAAAGAAGAAGAGUCGGUUCGGCCUGUUCGGAUCCAAGAGCAAAGAUGCAGAGGAUGAGGACAAGCAUGGUCAGACGAAAGAGUUCGAGGCCGCGCUCGCAUCCGACAACCCAGCCGAACUUCGCGCGGCGUUCUGGGAUCUCGUCAAGCAUGACAACCCCGAUGCCAUCGUGCUCCGGUACCUCCGCGCGCGCAAAUGGGAUGUCCCGAACGCAAUGGUCAUGCUGGUAUCAACAAUCCACUGGACCCUCGGCGUCGACCCCUACAAGAGCAUCGUCGCCAAGGGCGAAGGCGACGCCCAGCUCCAAGCCCACCCCAACAACACCGACGCCAAAGCCCGAAAGGCCGGGCAAGAAUUCCUCGACAUCGCCGAGGCCGGCAAAUCGUUCAUCCACGGCCACGACAUCGCCGGCCGACCCGUCGUCUACAUCCGCGUGCGCCUGCACCGAUCCGGCCAGCAGGAGGACGCCACCAUGGAGCGGUUCACCAUCUACACGAUCGAGACCACCCGGCUCUUCCUGACGCCCAGCAUCGACACGGCGACGAUCGUCUUCGACAUGCAGGACUUCUCGCUCGCGAACAUGGACUACGCGCCGGUGAAGUUCAUGAUCAAGUGCUUCGAGGCCAACUACCCGGAGUCGCUCGGCUCCGUCGUCGUCUACAAGUCGCCCUGGAUCUUCCAGGGCGUGUGGAAGGUGAUCCGCGGCUGGCUGGACCCGGUCGUGGCCAGCAAGAUCCACUUCGAGAACGACGUGGCGGGGCUGGAGAAGUUCAUCGGCCCGCCCGAGCGCAUCAUGAAGGAGCUCGGCGGCCGCGAGGACUACGCCUACGCCUACGUCGACCCGGCGCCCGGCGAGAACGCGCUCAUGCAGAACGCCGCCGAGCGCGACGCCCUCCGCGCGGAACGCCGCGCGAUCGAGGCCAGAUACGAGGCGGAGACGGCGACGUGGGCGGCGACCCCUGCUGCGACGACCACGCCGGCCGCAGGAGGAGGAGCGGGAGAGAACCCGGCCCGUUCGCAGCUCGCGGCGGAACUGACGCGGAAUUACUGGAAGUUGGACCCGUACAUCCGCGCGCGGACGCUGUACGACCGCAUCGGCGUCCUGCAGCCCGGCGGGAAAUUCGAGCAUUACCCCAACCAGGCUGCUGCUGCUGCUGCCGAUGCUGCUGUGGCUCCUCCCUCCGCGGCGGCGGCGACGACGACGACAACAACGACGCCGACGACAACGGCAUGA